AUGGCGGUCCCAAUAUCCUCUCUGCUGACAAACGGUGCUCCCACUACCGCUCGGGACCGGUGGACGUACCUGGACAAUGUUCUAUCCACGACAUCCCCUUAUGCUGGUGAAGAAUUUGUGCCCGGGAACGAGACGGUCAACGCCCUCGAGACAUCCCGCGUUCUGGUCAUUGGAGCUGGCGGCCUAGGCUGUGAGAUUUUGAAGAACCUCGCCCUCUCCGGGUUCAAGGACAUCCACGUAAUAGACAUGGACACCAUCGACGUUUCAAAUUUGAACCGCCAGUUUCUCUUCCGGCAGUCCGACGUCGGUAAAUCAAAGGCUGAGGUUGCUGCCUCCUUUGUCGAGCGCCGCGUUCCGGGCGUCAAAAUCACCCCGUACAACGGCAAGAUCCAGGACAAGGACGAGGAGUAUUACAUGCAGUUCAAGCUGGUCAUCUGCGGUUUGGACAGCAUCGAAGCACGUCGCUGGAUCAACGCCACGCUCGUCGACAUGGUAGACAUGGAGAACCCAGAGUCCCUUAAGCCUCUGAUCGACGGCGGCACCGAAGGCUUCAAGGGCCAAGCACGUGUCAUCCUCCCCUCCCUCACGUCGUGUAUCGAGUGUCAGCUGUCAAUGCAUGCGCCCCGGGCAGCGGUGCCUCUCUGCACGCUCGCCACCAUCCCUCGCCAGCCCCAGCACUGCAUCGAGUGGGCGCACAUAAUAGCGUGGGAGGAGCAACGGAAAGGCGAAAGCCUCGACACAGACGACCCGGAACACAUAUCGUGGCUGUACCAGACAGCUCUGGCGCGGGCGAACGAGUUCAAUAUCCCCGGCGUGACAUACAGUAUGACGCAAGGCGUGGUGAAGAACAUCAUUCCAGCCAUCGCGUCGACGAAUGCGAUCAUAGCCGCCGCAUGCUGCAACGAGGCACUCAAGAUUGCAACGUCGUGCGCUCCCUUCCUCGAGAACUACAUGAUGUACACGGGCGACUCGAACGACGCGGGCCUGUAUACGUACACGUUCGCCGCAGAGAAGAAGGACGACUGCCCAGUUUGUGGAAACAUUGCCCAGAACAUGACGGUAGAUCCGGAAAUCACCCUGGAGGAGUUCCUUGCUAGUUUGGCAGAACGGGCAGAGGCACAGUUGAAGAAGCCGAGCCUCAGGACGGAGGCGAAGACGUUGUAUGUACAGGCGCCAAAGAGUCUAGAGGAGCAGACGAGGCCAAACCUGGAAAAGAAGAUGAAGGAGCUGGUCAGUGACGGCGAGGAGGUCGGCGUAUCGGAUCUCGCAUUCCAGAUCUCGUUCAAGUUCAAACUCGUGUUUGCAAAGUGA